AUGCCCGCAUUCUCCCGACUCGUCCGCUUCCUCGCCAGGAACGGCAAGGUGUACUACGGCGACGCCAUCCUGCCCCAGGGCGUGACGGAUAUCGCCCAAACGAAGAAAGCCCGCAUCAUGACCGGCGACAUCUUCGGGAAGCACGAAGUGACAGAGCAGGUCGCCGACGUCCGACUACUGCUUGCACCUUUUGCGUUGGAGGACGUUAAGACCGUUAGAUGUCUGGGACUGAACUACGAGCUGCAUGCGAAAGAGUCCGGGCUUCCGAUACCCAAGUAUCCUGUGCUCUUUUACAAGCCCGUCACCUCAUUAGCCGGCCCCAGUGACCCCAUCCCCGUGCACCAGCAGGCGCAGCAAGAGCAAGGGCUCGACUACGAGUGCGAGCUCGUCGCCGUCAUCGGCAAGACGUGCGCCGACGUCUCCGAGGCCGACGCCCUGAAGUACGUGCUGGGCUACGCCGUCGGCAACGACGUCUCCCACCGCGACUGGCAGCUCGCCCGCGGCGGCGGGCAGUGGUCGCUCGGCAAGGGCUUCGAUGGCUGGGCGCCGUACGGGCCUGGCAUCGUCUCGAGUGAGGUCAUCAGAGACCCGCAGACGCUGAAGAUCAGCACGCGGUUGAAUGGGAAGACCGUCCAGGAGAGCAACACGUCGGAUAUGAUCUUUGACGUGAAGAAAACCAUCUCGUUUCUGAGCAAGGGACAUACGCUACUGCCUGGCGACUUGAUCUUCACGGGAACGCCCUCGGGGGUGGGCAUGGGUCGUACCCCGAAGCUUUGGUUGAAGGAUGGCGAUGUGGUCGAGGUUGAGCUGGAGGGCGUGGGUGUUUGCACUAACAAGGUUGAGUUCGCGAAGGAGAGCGCCAAGUUGUGA